UUCAUCCUAACUGAAAUUGCUUAAUCAGUUUGUUUCGUAGAGACCCAAUCAUGGGGAACUGCUUAGUUCUAUCCAGGGACUCCAUCAAGGUGAUGAAGACGGACGGKAAGGUCCUUGAGUAUCAAGCACCCCUCAGAGUUCAUCAGGUGUUAGCUGAUUUCGCCGGCCACGCCAUCUCCGACACACUUCCGGUGCUUCGCCACCUUCCUCCUGAUACAGAGAUGCUUAGUGGCCGUCUCUAUUAUCUUCUCCCACCACCUCUGCCGUCCACCAAUGUUGCUGAGCCUCGACGUGAAGCUGGUGUUGUGAGAAUUAAGCUGGUUAUCACUAAGCAGGAGCUCAGGGAGAUGCUAKCCAAAGGAGGAGUCUCGGUUGACGAGAUGGUCUCUCAGCUUCAGAGCAGACAGAGCGAAGUUGGUGUUGUUGAUGAUGAUACUGAAUGUUGUAAAGGGUGGAGGCCUGUGUUAGAAAGCAUACCAGAAGGAGAAAUGACGACUGAUUCAAGUUAGAGUUUUUGAAUCUCUUUCUCUUUCUAACCUCUUCUGAGACUAAAAAAAAA